AUGCAUUCUGUCUGGAGGCUCCUGGUCCUCCUCGGCUUGCUGGCCUUGCCCUCAGCCCUACACAAGCCACAGCAGCCUGGCCUGGCCAAGACCCACACAGACAGCAAGUCGGCUCUGGCAAGAAUUAUUGCCCAGGGCCUCAUGAAGCACGAUACAGAGGGCCGAAUCCAGAACAUUCACCUCCUGGACAGUCUGAAUGCCUCUGGGCAGAUGGCCCCGGGGAUGGUGGGCUGGCUAAUCGGCAGCACGAGCCUUCAUCACCAUCCAGAAGGCAGUGCCAACAUUACCAACGCUCAGCUGGACUAUGGUGGGAUCUGGAUGUCUUUCCAUAAGGAGUGGUUCACAGCAAACAUCUCACUUGGAUUUGAUAUUGACUUGAGACUGCCCUUCAAUAACCAUAUCAUAAAGACACACGAACGCAUGAACCUCUCUGUGGAGUUCUGGCUGGAGAAAGAUGAGUUUGGCCGGAGGGAUUUGGUGAUAGGCAAAUGCCACGUGGAGCCCAGGAGUGUCCACACGACUUUCCUCACUGAAGCUAUCCCACCAAAGGUGAAUCCUUUUCUCCGCAACUUCAGAGACAACCUGGAAAAAGUUAUCCCACAUCUGAUAGAAAGUCAGGUAUGUCCUCUGAUUGACGAGAUACUCAGGCAGCUGGAUGUGAAACUGUUGAAAAGCCUCAUGGAACAGGACAUUGCUUAUGAACUCAACCAACUUUGA